CCCGCCUCCACCCAGUGCUACGGUACAACGAGUAACUAUUGGAUUUGUGUUACUUUUAAGGCUCUUUCAGCAAUAUUUAUAAAGAUCUCCUGUAAUGCUCGGCCUCCGACUUCGAAGCUCCGGCGAGCAUGGAUGACGAGGAGGACAUCCACGUGUGCCUCCGGUGCCGCGACACCAUCAUCGGCCUCGCCAGCUACGUGGCUCACCGGCGGGCGGGAUGCAGCGCCGCCAGAGAGGGGCAGAAGGAGGAGCGGCUGGCGGAGGGCUCGGAAACGAAGUCGAGGGCCGAGAUACAGGCAAAUGAAGCUGAAAGAGAAGUUAGCGCUUCUGAAGCCUCAGGAGAGUUCACUGUCCAACCUCGGCCGGGAGAGGGACCCCCAAACAUGACACAAGAGACGUUCUCUGACAAUGUACGAAGUCACAGCAGUGGCCCUCGAGAUGAGACAGCCUCAGCAACUGUCGACCUGAACUACGUCUCCGGAACCCCACAGUCAGUUCAUGGGCCGCAGAGAGACAGACAAGAGGUUAGUCAUAUUCAGGAUUCGUAUGCGGUGAUGGAGGAUUACGCCAACGCCUUGCCGCGGUCACACUCAGAGCCGGAGAUCCGCAGCGACCACGCCCAUCUCAAAACCAAGCCGCACGAUUCCAUGUCCCUGAGUCGAAGGCAGACUCCGUCUCAGGCUCCGUUCACGGGCUACAGUGAUCCCCUCCUGCCUCAUGGACAAGAGUCAUCCAACAUGACGCUUUUCAGGCAUUUUGACAGUUUCAGCGAUCAUGCCAAGAUCCAGCACGAGGGGGAGCCUGAGUCGCAUAGUGUACCCAUGUCGUUAUUCAAGGUGCCCUCCUCAUCGUACGAUUUAGAGAGUCAGAAUUUCGAAUCUCGCUACUCCGAUUUCUACGGGCUUCAGCCCAAUCCCCAGGAGCCUCUGCUUAGCACUGUGUCGGCAAUGGAGCCCUGCAAAGGGAAACGGGAAGAAGCAGCAGAGGUGACUGGAGCUGCGAAUGACCACGUGACCCAGAACUUAAAAGAGCAGACAACACACGCAGACGAAAACACAAACGUGGAGACUCGAGAAAGUACUGCUGAGUUUAGAGAAGCAAAUCUAAAGUUUACCGCAGCCAACCUCUCACCAGAAUAUAAGGACGUUUCUGGUGAAAAAUCAGAGCUGCGACAGGAUGACUUCUUGUCAUCUCUUGACCUCAGGAGCAGCGUCAGAGUCCCAGUCAAGCGUCGACAUGACGAAGACGAGGAAGAAUAUGACGAUGACGACGACGACGACGCACGGCCUCCGCAUCACCACACAGGAGGCAAAUGGAGACCAGGGAGCCGACCGCCGCCGUCGGUCGGAGGCAAGUGGAGGCCAGCCACGCCGAGGAGCGAGCUGGAGGAGGACGAGUUGGAGGCGGACGACGCAGAGGAUGACGACUUUUCCCAAAUGCCUCCGCCUCCUACCUACACCAAGGGGAAGUGGUUACCUGGGAAGAAAUUGACGAACAUUAUCAAGGUCGGCAGCAGCAUCGAGUACCACUGCCAUGCUUGCAACAGGACUCUUAAAGGCAAGGAGACCUAUGAGCGCCACCUCAAUUCAGAGCUACACUUCGUCAAUGAGAACAAAGCUUCGGCGUUGAAAGACUCAAAAGUACAUGCAGAUGUCACUCCCAGUAGUGUACCAAGCAGACCAGUGAGAUCGAAGAAACUGGAGGCCCAGAGUUUUCUAAAGUCUACAAUUGCAAGGCUGAAGAGUAGGAAGAUAGUGUCUCCUCACAGCCGCAGCUCCCCGGCAUCCCAUAAGGCAAGCCGUGCAGAGGCCCAGACUUUAUCGGACAACAAGGUAGUGCAUGUUAAGCAAGAGAUUAAGGUGGAGCCCCAAGUCGACGAGGACGAGGAAGAAAUAAAAACGACAGCUUGCAUCAAACCAAAGUUGCUUUGUCCAAUAUGUAAACUGUCUUUUGGUGAACCAUAUGCAGCUCUGCAUUUUGCUUCAUUGGCACAUAUUCACAAUGAGCUGGAGUAUAAACAAAACCCUUCCGAUGAAGUUAAUGAUAGCUAUAGAAAAAUAAUACUUAAUAAUUUUAGUGCAAUAGUAAAAACAUCACCAUUCCAUUGCAUUCCAUGUAGUUUUUAUUGCAAUUUACACGAGGACUUCGUCACUCACAUGAAGACCCAUAAAAAUGAUCCAGAGGAUGAUGAAGUCAAGACUCUGUAUACGUGUUCAGUCUGUAAUGACGAGGAUGGCCUGCUCUUACCAAAUGCCAUUCGACAUCUCCAGACGCCUCACCAUCUAAGCAAUGCUCGCGACGUGGUGCUUCAAGCACACCAGGUGAUCAUGUCCUGUAGGUCAGCGGUGGUGUGCCCUCUGGGGGACGGCACAUUCCGCUAUUUCCGCGAAUACCGAAGACACCGAAGGCUGCAGCACCAGGACCCAGGCUUCCAGCUGAGCGACCAGCGGCUCCUCCGUUGUCCCCAGUGCAAUUUCCGGGCACUGCGAGAGCGACAGAUUCGCGCCCACAUCAAAGAGGCUCAUGAGCUCACGAGGAAGAGCGAUGCUUACCACUGCUUCGUCUGUGGGUUGGCCUUCGUCACUCACAGGCAAGCCGAGCUGCAUCGGCGUUCUGCGGAACAUCGCGCCACAUUGGGCAGGCAGCGUGGCCUCUCGGUGCUGAGGACAUGCACGCUUUGUUAUGUGGAAGUGGAGGAUCUUCCAGCACUUCGACGGCAUAUGUGCCAGGAGCACCGGAAGGACUGCACGCCUUGUCAUCUGUGUGGUCUGGUGCCGCCGCUGCGUUCCGACCUGGCGCAGCAUCAGCGCAAUUGUGGUGGUACCCCCGGAGACUGGGCUGGAAUGCACAAGUGCGAACUCUGCUCCUUCAAGAAUGAUCUUUUGGCUCACGUCCUAACCCACACAACACUUGCUCAUGGACAACGGGGUGCUGACAACCGCUACAGUUGUCACAUCUGCAAGACAAAGCUGAGGUUCUCGUCCGUCAAGGGCCACAUGCUGAGCCACAGCAACGAGUGGCCUCACGCCUGCCACUUGUGCUCCCGGAAGUUCCCUCGCCAGAAGUGGCUGGACCGUCACCUGAGCGCCGUCCACACGAGAGGCGAGGCCCAGCUCUCCGACGGCCCUGCUCUCUGCGACACCUGCGGCAAAACAUUCUCAAACAGAUGGCACCUUCAGCGACAUCAGCAGGAGGCGCAUAGUCACGCUGCCCUCACGCCGCCCUCGCAGAGCGAAAAGGUUCCUACCGAUGCUGCCGGCGAGGGUGCCGUCGCGCCUCGAGCCUCCCGGGCCAAGCGGGCGGCGCCACCCGUGCCCACGCCCACGCUGUGCGACGUGUGUGGAGUGCAGUGUGACAGCGCUAGCAUGCUGAAGGCGCAUCGCCAGGGGCACAAGCGGCGCGAGGGCGACGUGUACCAAUGCCCUCACUGCAAUUAUUCCACGGGGCACCUGCCGCACCUGCGCCGGCACCUGCGGCUCCACACAGGAUCUACGCCCUUUUCGUGCCCGUAUUGCGCUUACUCUUGCAACAACCAGGAAAAUCUGAGGAAGCACAUGUUGAAGACGAAGCGCCAUCCCGGGCGGUUCAUGUACGAGUGCCGCCUGUGCGCGUCCCUCUUCGGCGCUGACGCGGCCGCCCUCCGCCGAUGGGUCACGGCGCCCACGAUGCCGGGAAGGCCGAGGGGCACGCCCUGGGGCCCCUGGAGGACUCGCGGGCCUUCGCUUCGCCCGGUCCCCUGCCGCCCCUGGAGGGCAAGCUCUUCAAGACCAACUACGCCACGGAGUUCCACGCGCACCUCCUCGAGAAGCACCGCAGCCACUUCGACACCAAGGAAGAGAUCCAGCAGCUGUCGGAGGGCGCGCCCGGCGAGGCGGAGGACGACGGCGCCCGCCAGGUCAUCCUCAUCCUGCCGGACAAGUUCAGCGAGCAGACCGGGGACGUGGCGGCACUGCUGCCGUCCCUCGGCCUGGCGUCCUCGCCGUCCGACUGCGUCUCCAUCGUGACGGUGCAGCCCAAGGACGCCGCGGAGGAGGGCCACGCGCCGCCCGGCCAGCUUGGAGUGCUGUCCUCCGACCACUCGCUUUCUGGGCCCUCGCACGUCAAGGGCGGCCCCGAGGGCUGCCCCAACGGCCCCGUCCUCAUGCCCGCCGACCAGGUGGUAACGCUUGAAACUCAGAUGGUGCCAGACGCAACCAUCAUCGCGGGCGAGGGCGGCGUGGCCCCCGAGGACGCCGGGCAGGUGGUAUUGUGCCCUCCUGCCGCGGACCCCGAGCAGGUGCUCAACCCGCUGCACAUGGUGGCCGAGGCCGCGGAGGCGCUGACGCAGAGCGACAUGCUCGCUGCGCAGGUGA